CCUUCUUCUUUUCAGGUUUCUCACUGUCCAUAAGAUACGCCUGUUACUCUGUCGCAAUCAUCAAAAUCAUCGUCUGUCGACUCUGCGAUCAUUCCGGGUUCGAGCUGCGGCUGAUGGUUCAUGAUGCCGGCCCUGUUGGAGGACCCAGAGUCACCCGUCAUUUAUCGGGUUUCUGGCCAGGGCCCGUAUCCAGCCGCAGAUAAUCCGCAAAUUCCAUCCUCCAUAUUCCCAAGGCCCGUCACACUUCGAGAUCGAGUGACUGUUGCGACACUGGUUCCCUUCUUCUCCCCAGAGGCUGUACCAAAGAGACUUCUUGCAUAUCUCUCGGACAACCUCAAUAAGGAAAUUGAAAGCGGAGAUACUUAUCCGAUGAUCAAUGCCCUACCACUGGAAACUUUCGGGCCCUACUGGUUUGGAAACUUUGGCGCCGUCAUGAUCCAGGGCGAUAUUGGUGGCAUCGAGGGCGUGGCGGAACUCGAUCGCAGCGGAGCCGACUGGAACAAACUCUGCCUAGGGAGUUUCUACGUCAAGCCUAACUAUCCUGGUCGGAGCAGUCAUGUGUGCAACGGUGGAUUUCUCGUGACUACGGCCGCUCGCAACAAGGGUGUCGGCAAGUCAAUGGGACAAUGUUACCUGGACUGGGCCCCUCAACUGGGCUAUACUUAUUCAGUCUUCAACCUGGUGUAUGAAUCGAACACUGCGUCGACCAGGAUAUGGGAUUCGCUCGGGUUCAAGCGGAUAGGACGAGUGCCCGGUUGUGGUAAUUUAAAGUCUUCUAAUGAACCUGUGGACGCCAUCAUCUACGGAAAGGAUUUGAAAGCGGACGGCGAGAAUGAUCAAUCCGAAGAGCGCUUUGACAAAAUCCGAUACUAUCUGCGACAUCAGCUGUACCCCCAAGGAGCUGAUAGAUCAGAGAAGAGUCGACUCAGAAGUGCUGCUACUCACUACAAAUUGAUUGGCGGCCAGGACGGAGUGCCCGAGAAGUUGUUCUUGAAGGACAAAGAAGUUAUAUCGGACCCACAAGCGCAAUACGAAAUUGCGAAACAAAUACACCUCCAGGCCCAUGGAGGCAUUAACAAGACGACAGCCAUAAUAGCGACCAAGUACCAUUGGAUACGGAUAAAGGAGACAGUCAGCCACGUCAUAAAGAAUUGCCCGGAGUGUAAGGAUGUCAACAAGCCGCCCAUCAUCCGCGCAGAAAACAGAGGUCGGAGCAAGACUCUCGAAGAAGUGCCUGCGACGUUACCCGUGCCGCCGCAGGGCCUAGUGAGCCCUCCAGAAUUGCAAAACGUGCCGCAGGAGGAUCUCACUGCCAACAAUAUAGCAAACCAUGAUUUUGCGCCCAUACAACAAGCCAUGGAUCUUCAAGUUGCUAAUGAUCAUCUCAACGGUCCAAAUGGCCAUAUGCAACCAGACGGACACCUCCACCCAGACGCCCACCUCCAUCCGGAUGCGCAUCUACACCCCGACGCUCAUCUUCACCCUGAAGCACAUCUUCAUCCUGAUGCGCAUCUUUCCUACGACGAAAUGGCGAUUGAUCCACAAAUUAUGGAACAGAUACAGGCAAUGGCUUCUGAAUAUGAUCAAAACCCUCACGCCUUCGUCCAAGCUGGAAUGCCGCCAUUUGGGGACACUUCACAUCUUCAGCCGCAUCAUGAUCCACACGAUUUCAACCAUCAGGCGGCCAACCAUCACUACAUAAACGACUCGAAUCCGCCGAUGAUGGGCCACGACGAUGUGAUGGACGAGGGAGGCGCAGGCACCGGAUUGAGCAAUAUGCAACCGAUACAACACGUAUUGCCGAUGGAUUAUAUUGACACUUCAAACAACCAGCAAUACAAACUUGAGCAAUAAAUUCGGUGCAGGCGUUUGGGUCUGGAGGCGUUUCAGAAGGGACACCUAUGACCGGGUCAUUUUUGCAACACAAGGAGCGUUGGGGAAACUGGUACGGGGAAUCUGACAUGACAUUUGGACGGAAAAUCGGUCAUAAACGGUGUAGAUAAAAACGAACAAAAUGUGCAGACCACGCUCAGGAGCGAGAUGUCAUGGCACGGAUGAAAAGCAGCAGGCAGCCCACGAUGCUGAACAAAUACUAUGUAUCUCAAUCCAUCUACAUAGUCAAAUCGAUAGCAGAAUAGUCUUCAAAUCAGAAAUGACGACCAUGAUACGGUUGUACUUGCCUAAACAGGCUCGACUAAGC